CUGCAAUGCUUUUAUCUAACAUGUUUUAGCUUUACAUAUGUGAGUGAGGCCCACCCACACGCGUUACAGAAAAGACGCGUCUCAUUUCGCUCCUUAUAUCGUGAAUCAGUUUAGAAUAAACAUUAAUUCAGUUACUGAGUGUUGAAGAACACAGAGAGUAAAGCUACUGAGAUCCAUGUGACGUAAAGAUGGCGUCUAUUAAAGAGGAGAGUGAAGACAUUAAGAUUGAAGAUACUAAGGAACAAACAGAUCUGAUGCCGCAGAAAGAGGAGAGUGAAGUACUUGAUGGAAUGAAAGAAGAAGGUCAAAGGAAGAAAAAUCGAGAUAUCGUAACUGAAGAAAUAUCUGAAAAUCCUUCCUUCCAAAAAAGUAAUUUCACCUGCCAACAGUGUGGAAAGGGUUUCUCUUUAAAGGCAAGCCUGAAACGCCACAUUGAUGCUCACUCUGGAGAGAGGCCUUACGCCUGCCAGCAGUGUGGAAAGUGUUUCAUUAGAAAAGGAACCCUUAAAGCCCACAUGAGUAUUCACACUAAAGAAAAGCCUUACGCGUGCCCUCAGUGUGGAAACUGUUUCUCCAAGCGAGGAAAUUUAAACACACACAUGAGAGUUCACACUGGAGAGAAGCCUUUUGCCUGCAAACUGUACACUGGAGAGAAGCCUUACGCCUGCAAACAGUGUGAAAAGAGCUUUACAACAAAACUAAACCUUAAGUAUCAUAUAAACAGUCACACUGGUGAGACGCCAUUUACAUGUGAUCAGUGUGAAAGAAGAUUCCGACGUAAGGUAACCCUUAAAAAGCACAUGAAGGUUCAUUUAAGAGAGAGCAGUUUUGCCUGUCAUCAGUGUGGAAUGAGUUUCUCAGACAGCAAAAACCUUACGAAUCAUGUGAUUACUCACACUGGAGAGAAACCAUUCAUGUGCCUUCAAUGUGGAAAGACUUGCGCAAACAAUACAAAUCUUGCUGUUCACAUGAGAGUUCACACUGGAGAGAAGCCUUUCACUUGCCCUCAGUGUGGAAGGAGCUUCAGAUACAAAGGAAACUUACAGACUCACAUAAGAGUUCACACAGGAGAGAGGCCUUACAUCUGCCCUCAUUGUGGAAACCGCUUCAAAUUUAUUGGAAACUUUCAGGUUCACAUGAGAGUUCACACAGGAGAGAGACCUUACAAGUGUCUUGAGUGUGACGAGAGUUUCUCAUAUAAGAGAGACCUGAAACACCAUCUGCUGACUCACUCUGGAAAGGAAUUCUAGUGUUUCUUCAGUGGCAAGAGAUUUACAAAAUAGAACAAUUUCAAAAAUCACCUGCACAUUCAGUCUAGAGAAUGGCAAAUUGUGAAAUAAAAUUUGGCUCUGCAAUUUAAA